UUUCCGAGACCCUCUCUCCUCAUAGGCUCAGUUUUGGCCUGCCAUCUGCAUUCUGCCAGUUUCCGUGGCAGAAGAGGCCUAGGCUGCUUCCUGUGGGUCCCCCGUUGAGCAGAAGCAUGCGGUGGUACCUUCUCCUGAUCUGGGCCCAGGGCCUGAGGCAGGCUCCCCUCCCAGCCUCAGGAGCUGUGUCAGGCAGGAUCACAACAAUGGGGAACGUUUCUGCCGAGGAAGGUGGCUCCGUCACCUUGCAAUGCCACCUCCCCUCCACCACUGCCAAAGUGACUCAGAUCAACUGGGAGCAGCGGGACCAACUACUGGCCGUUCGUCAUGCUCACUUGGGGUGGCACAUCUACCCAGCCUUCAGGGAGCGAGUGGCCCCAGGCCCCAACCUGGGCCUCACCCUGCAGUCGCUGACCCAGAAUGACACAGGGGAAUACUUCUGCACCUAUCACACCUACCCUGAUGGGAUUUACAGAGGGACAGUCUUUCUGGAGGUCCUGAAACGCUCAGUGGCUGAGCACAGUGCUGCGUUCCAGGUCCCAUUGCUGGGAGCCACGGCCACCGGACUGGCAGUCAUCUGCGUGGCAGUCGUCAUGGUGGUCGCAUUAACCAAAAAGAAGAAAUCUCGUCCAGUCCAUUGUGCGGAAAGUGGCCUCAGGACAGUGGUACAUGAACAGGAGGAAUGGAAUGCCCGCAUUCUGUCGUCCCCUGGAAGUGGCAGCGAGGCAGGGACGGCACCUGUGGGCUGCUACCUGGAGCAGAGGGGAGAUGCCUGUGCCGAGCCGCAUGACUACUUCAAUGUCCUGAGUUACAGGAGCCUUGGAAGCUUCGGGUUCCUGGCCGAGACUGUUUAGUGGCCAGCGGCAUCAUCUGGGAGAUGCAUUCCUGUGUCCGCGGUUCCGGGAGUGGGGGUGCUGGUGGGUCUGCGGUCUCAGUCGCUGCCCUGCAUGCACGCGAGUGGAGGUGUAGUUGAGUCAAUGAGUGUCAUCCUCUUCUCUGCAUUUCCUCUGCCCCUUCCCUUCUCUUCCAUUGUGGCAGAGCCAGAGGGAGCAGCUUGUAUCUCGAUUCUGAGUGCAAAGUUAAACAAGAAUGACUUGGUUUGGAAUCUAGCAGGUGGAGCCAACCCUGGGGCUCUGAGAAAUGCCUUCCCCCAGUAGCCCUGGAUGGGGUUUUAGUGGUCUGGGCACUGGCAGAGUCUUCUGGAUGGUGAUGGUGAUGAAGAGGACGACGGUAUGACUCAUCUCAUUUCUCAUGGUCAUUUCCAUCAACACUCACACAUUCAAGGCAUUUUAAGAACAAGGCAUGGUAUCGGCUUUCAUGGGGAGGUUCGAGCAUGAUUAAACCACGCUUUUGGAUCUCAGCCCUUUUAGAU